AUGUCUACCUCUUCUUCCUCUCUACCGUUCACGAUAGCCGAGGACGAUACAGCUCAACCUGAGAAUCCAGGCGGUGCUUAUAAUUCCAUGAGCCGACUUGAGAACAGCCCCAUAAGAAGUUAGCUCCCAAACGAUCUGAACGGCCUCAUUUCAAGACUGAACGAGCUAAAAUUAGAUCCUUCUUCCUCUAUUUCCCGCUCUAGAGUUGUUGCCGUUGCGAAUGAAGAUGAGGGGGCCAUAAUGAGGGGCGAUGGCAAACCCGUCGAUUUCCCAUCGGGUGGCCUUUCGAUUCAAUAGUCACCCGAUAAGCCGUAUUUCACUAUUAGCUCGGACAACAUAACCAUAUCAGGUUACUAUUCACCCGGCGCCGAUGACAUAAUCAUACACAGACGCGAAACAAUCGAAGUCGAGCUUGCCUCAUACUCUCCAGUUAUGAAUGAAAUGACCCCUCUUCGAAGCGUCAAGGUCCCCUUUUCAUUGAAUACCGAUCUAUGGCAAAUAUCUGAGUCCGGGCGAAUGCAAAUCUAUCUUUAUAUUUUUCCAAAGGCAUACGUCUUACACAUCAGCUCGGGACCAUCAAAGAGACCACGUUUAGAGAGUGGAGAGACCGCGCCUUAUCCUCGAAAAAAGGUUCACCUUAUGCAGCCACGGCAGAAGAAGCCAGUCAUUCAGAUGCCGAAUCUUACUAAGGAGGCGACAAAGACCAAUGUCAAGACUGGAACAUCCAAUCUUGAAUUGCUCAGGCCCUCUAGUAGUGUUCGAUGGUGUGGUCUGAAUACUGCCUUUCGCAUCGACACUAUUUCCACAUCGCCACGAGGACGACGACAGAAGACAAGGGACUGUUUUAAGCUUAGUGCACUAGAGUUGGUGUUUAGUCAAUCAAGCACUACCCGUGUUUUCACAGGACAGCAUGCUCAACAUGGGCUGGUAUCGUUCAAUGCAGCCUCUUCAGCAACUGGUUGCAGAUGUAGAGUGCGAAGAUGUUUGUCAUCAUGCGCCGGCGCGCGUGUAUAGACGGAUGAAGAGUACCGGCAGGGCACGGAGGAGUGUAGGACUAACCCGUAUUUGGCUUGUUGGUAGACUCCAGAGAAGCUCAGUGCUGGGAACUUUCGUCUAGUAUGUGUCCCAAACCUCUUGCGCCUUAUCAACCGCAUACAGCCAGCCAUGGGGGCCUCGUGCGACACCCCACCAGCACCCGAGCAAGUGUCGAACAUUGUGUACUGCUGUCAGCGGCUUUGAC